AUGUGUCAUAAUUCGGGCAUCGAAAGUGAACAAAUCGAACGCUUCAAGGAAGUAGCAGCAGCAACUGAGCAGCGCAGCAGCAUAAGCAGCAGCAGCAGCGAUUUGGCAGCACAGCAACAACGUAAGCUAAGCUCUAUGGAACCAUCCAUGGAUGAUGUCUUAGCCAUUGGCACACAAAUGACACGAAAAUUCAACGAACGCUGUUACUGUUUAAUAGCCAAAUUGCAUGGCAGUCGUCUUUAUACCAUUUUAACCAGCACAACACAACCGGCGCAUUUGCUCGCCAUUGGCAUAUUGUCCUUUGUGCUGUUAACCGUUGGACCCGAUCUCACAACGACAACGCACACUCAAGUGCAGUUGCCCACAACAACAACACAAUCAACAACAACAACGACAACAUCCUCAGCAACGACAUCACAUGUUAGCACGCUGGCCACUUUGGCAUUCUUGGGCGCAUUUGCCACACACUUUGGCUCACAAAUUUGGAUGACAUUUAUCUCGGGUCUCUCGCUUUAUUUCUCACUGCCGCGUCACACGUUUGGCCAGUGCCAGCAAAUACUGUUCCCCAAGUAUUUUGCUUUGAAUGCCAUGCUUAGCAUUAGCAUGCUCAUUAUCUAUGUGAAAUACUUUCUCAGCGGCUGGAGCAUGUCGGCGGGCAUACAGUUGGGCGCGCUAUCGCUUACCGCCUGCAUUGAGGUCAUUGUGCGUCUGUAUUUGGCACCGCCCAUGCUGCAGCUCAUGCACGAGAAGUAUAGAAUCGAGGAUGCCAUUGGCAGUGGCCAGGAGGUUGGCAGCCUGGUGCAGGGCGAUCUGGUCGAGUGUCCGCACUAUCAGCGCAUCCACAAAUCGUUUCGUCGCAUUCACAUGACCAUUGCCAUUGGCAAUAUGAUUGUGCUGCUGGCCACCUGUCUGCAAUUGUAUUUUCUGGCGUUGAAAAUACGCAUUAGCUAAGACACCAACCCGCAGUUAUUCACACAAUUUAAGAAUUUCAAUGCAGCGCCUGUGCGCAUGCAAUAGUUUUUUUUUUGUUUUUUUUCUAUCUCUCUCAUUAAGGAAUUUGUAGCGCAAUUAAGUCACACACACACACACACAUACACACAAAGCUUACACAGCAAAGCAAAUUGAUUAUGUAUCAAUGAAUUUGUCUCAAAUUAAAUUAUUAUAUAAUUAUUAACGCAUAACUUAUUAGACAAUCACACACACAUACACACACAAUAUUUAUGCAACAUUUUGUUCUAUUACUUUUCUUUAACCUGUGAUAAGCUCACUUUCUACUACUUCUUUCUACUCAUUCACACACACAAACACACACACAUCUAGUUUUUAACAAAUUUGCAAGCAAACGCUAAUGAAUAGCUUUAGCUCUUAGUUAAACAAAUUUAUCUCUCACUCU